AAUCCCACCUAUUGAGAAGACAAUAUUGGUUGAAUGCUGGUAUGGAACAAUGCUGUCACUCCUUGCCUGGGCAUAUAUUCGCCAGUACGCCUCACAUCAUCACAAUUAUCACCCCCUGCUCGAGCAACAUUCCAGUAGACCUUUGGAGCAGCAGGACUUCCUCGGUAUUCUCGCGCACUUUGGCACUCACCAUGCUGCCACCGAGCAAGUCAACCAAAGCCAUCAAUAUCCGUAUGACGACGCCUCCGCUGCUGGUGGUCGGAGAGUGAAUCUGACCUCGUUGCAUCAUAUCCCGCUGAGCGCUUGGCAAGGUGUCAAACGGACUGUGGACGUGGGUGGGAUUGGGUUCGUAAAUCUUAAUCACUGCUGUACCAACGAGAGUCGUUCUUCUAUUAUGCGAUUUAGUGAUAACAGUAGCAAUUUGCUGAUAACUGAACAGAGUGCCAUCGUUGAGGUGAGUGGCAGUGGCACUUCCGGGAGCCACGUGUCUCUCGUCGAGCAGGUCCGCAGUGGUGAGACGGACAUAAACGACAGUGUCGUGGGUGUUGUUGGACGUCCUUCCGGUGUCGGCGGGGCAGAAGAUGUGUUUAGUAUGAACAUCACUCCGGCACUUUCUCAGGUUUUAUUAGCGCCAACAUCGGCGAGCGGUCCCGGAGCUGUUAUAUCGGUUGCCACGGCCACCAAAGUCGGCACUGCCAACGACAACGUGACGAGCGAGGAGAUAAAUUCUUUUUAUUUUUAUGAGACUGAACAAUUCGCAGUAUUAUGGGCACUGUUCGCCGUGAUAGUGCUGGGAAACUCAGCCGUGCUAGUGACGUUAUUUUUGAACAAAAACCGAAAGUCCAGGAUGAACUUCUUCAUCAAGCAACUUGCCAUUGCAGAUUUAUGCGUGGGUUUACUCAGCGUGUUGACAGAUAUUAUUUGGCGGAUGACAGUAUCCUGGAAGGCCGGAAACAUUGCGUGCAAAGCCAUUCGGUUCGUUCAAGCUAGUGUCACCUACGCAUCCACCUACGUGCUGGUGGCUCUGAGCAUCGACCGGUACGACGCCAUCACACAUCCCAUGAACUUCUCCGGAUGCUGGAAUCGCGCUCGUCGGUUGGUUGCUGCAGCUUGGAGUUUAAGUGCGCUUUUCUCGCUUCCUAUUUUCUAUCUCUAUCAGGAAAAAUCCAUACAGGGAAGAAAGCAGUGCUGGAUUGAUUUGGUCGAUCCCUGGCGGUGGCAAGUGUACAUGUGUUGGGUUGCCAGCUCGCUCUUUGUUUUGCCAGCACUGAUCAUCUCAGCAUGUUAUGCAAUCAUCGUCAAGACAAUUUGGGCCAAGGGAGCAAUUAUGGGACCAAUCGAUCGAACUCGAAAUGGAAUUGCCGAUUUGGCCAGCAGGAGAGCCAGCUCACGGGGCAUCAUUCCAAAGGCAAAAGUAAAAACGGUCAAGAUGACUAUUGUAAUAGUGAUAGUAUUCGUACUCUGCUGGUCGCCGUACAUAGUGUUUGACCUGUUGCAAGUGUUUGGCCAGAUUCCGAACACCCAAACCAACAUUGCGAUUGCAACGUUCAUCCAAAGUCUGGCACCGCUGAAUUCGGCUGCCAAUCCACUGAUUUACUGUCUCUUCUCAACACAAGUCUGUCGAAUGAUCAAACGACUUCCCCCAUUCCGGUGGCUGUUGUCGUCCGAAUGGUGCUGUAAAAAUCCGGACGGUUCCUCCGGACGGGGAGCGCUGCGCAACGGGAUGGUGCUCAACGGAGGCCAACGGAUGCAGAACAACAACAGCAGUGACUCAAUGCGAACGUUGACCACCUCGCUGACGAUAUCCCAGCGGUCCUGCAUCAGGCCAUCGCGGGUCGUCAUCGUCGAGCGCCCGAAGGCAGCGCUCGCCAUGUCCGAAGUUUGAAGCUAACUAUUUAUUCCUGUAGUGUAUGGCGAUGACGCCGUAGCAAUUGUACUGUCUAAUAGAGUUUAAGUAUUUAUUGACGUGUAAAUAGAAACUUAGUACGUAAAGCUCAUAGUCUGGGCCAGACUGGUUCGGGUAAUGAAGAAGCAUGAAAUGAUGAGUUUUUGGCAGUCUAAUAGUACCGAGAAAAAAAAAUAAGCAGUACAUUUGUUUUUAUUUACACAAAAUUGAUAGUUAACGUAAGGCAAUAUAAUUAAAAACAGCUACGAUGAAAAAGACAACAUGCUCAAACAAAAUAAUUUACAAACUAUAUAAAAAUCAUUUCAACUAAAAAAACAAUCAAAUCACAUGUCACAAGCUCAAAACUACAAAUUAAUUUCAAGUUCUCCCAUUUUCUGAACCAGUCUAAUAGUGCCGUUGAACGAGCAGAAGGAAACUUUUUGAUAACGAGUGAAGAAACAAAUAUAAUUUUCCUUGAAAAUAACACAAAUACGUUCUGCAAGCGACGUGCUGUGACUAACUCAGAUCGGUUACGGAAAAUUAGCUGAUAAUGAGUACGGAAAAUGAAAAAGCAGAACAACUUUUUGUCCCGGGCCUCCGGUUAUAACGAUGUAUUAUGUGAGAUUAUAUUAAAAAUAAAAAGCUCUGCCAGUUCAGUCCGAUGACGAGGGAAGACUAAGAAUCGUUAGGAAAACAACAGCUGUAAGAAAAACUCAUCAAAGGAAAAGUGAAAACAAAACGAAAAAGACAGGGAAAACAAUUUAGUUUAAUGUGUUCGAGCUUUGACCUGAUUGCAUGACGGAGAACUAGUGUAAAAGAUGGCUGUCGUGACUGGCUGGCAAGGGGAAUGAGUUGUUGCUUGAGAUGUGUGAUGUGACUCUUGAAAGUCAGCAACAAGACGAGCAAGCAAGAAACAAAAGCACUUAACGAUGCUAAACGGAAAACAAAUUAUCAACAUUGUUUUUUUCGCUCUGAAACCAGUGCAUAAUUAAUGUUUGGAGAAUCUGUCACAUGCUUGUUGCUACGACUCGUUUAACAUGUACGCGUAUACAUUAAUGCAUGUAGGAUAUGUUUCAUUCAUGUUGUUUUGUAAAUCGGACAUGAAUGGUCACAGACGUGAAACUGGUGUAC